AUGGGUCUCUCAAAUUUUCCAACUGCAUCUGAAGGAGUGCUUCCUGUGCUCGUGAUAAACACGGUUCUCUCAGUGGCUGUGUUGAAGAACAUGUUUAGAUCCAUGCUCCAAGUUGUUGGGGGCAGUUCAAGUUCAGGUUCAAGCACAUCCUCUUUCUCUCCGAACGUUGAACAUGAGUCCCAUGAAAGCGCACGAGAAAGGAGGGUGUCGAUAACUGAGUACAAGGCAUUGUCAGGAAGGAGAAGUAGUGAGAGUGGAUGGAGGGGUGUGGCCAUGGUGGAGUGCUGCGUUUGUCUGUGUCGUUUUGAAGGCAAUCAAGAGGUAAGCGAGUUGCCUUGCAAACAUUACUUCCACAGAGGUUGCUUAGACAAAUGGUUUGAUAACAAACACGCCACAUGCCCCUUGUGUCGUUCCAUGGACUAG